AGGAAGAUAUUGAAAGUAUCUUAGCAUUUUAUAUUAUGAACGAACCACAAAGCCAUUUGUCAUUUACAAUAGAUUUGGAUAAAAUUGAUGAAAAUGCGUGCAUUAAUUUGUUCAGAUUUGCCAAGAACGAUAUUCACCAAUUAUUGUUGCAUUUUUCUAUCCCUGCAUUUUAUAAGUGUCCAAACGGAACUGUUGCUAGUGGAUUGGAGGCGUUCUUAAUAUUGCUGAGACGGCUAACAUAUCCAAAUCGCCUUUCAGAUUUAUGUUUCUUGUUUGGAAGACCCGAACCAGAACUUAGUAUGAUUGUCCAUCAGAUUCUUAAUGACAUUUAUGAACGGUAUCAUUACCUGCUUGAAGAGCUUGAUCAAAACUGGAUUCAAGUUGAUGUAUUUGCUCGAGCUAUUCAUGAUUCCGGAAGUCCUAUUAAAAAUGGCUGGGGAUUCAUCGAUGGAACGUUGCGGCCAUGCUGCAGACCAAUAAGAAACCAAAGAAUUCUCUUCUCUGGACAUAAGCGUGUACACGGUUUAAAAUUUCAGAGUGUUGUUUGUCCUAAUGGACUUAUUUCCAACUUAUAUGGUCCAAUUGCUGGGAAACACCAUGAUGCAUUUAUGCUGCAUGAGAGCAAAUUGUUACCUAAGCUUGAAGAUUAUUUUAGACCACCCCAAAUAUUUACAUUGUACGGAGAUCCAGCAUACCCACUUCGACCACAUUUACUUGCACCAUAUAGAGGAGCAGCAGUAACAAGAGAUCAACAAAGUUCCACCAAACCAUGA